UUCCACUAAUUGUGCACCUUUCUACACGCCCGAGAGCAUCAAGUGGGAAGGGCUGGACACAAAUGAGCCAGGAUGAAAGCAGCAGCCACAAACCCCCGGGAGCUGGAACUGGAACUAGACAAUGAGUUACAAGGCACUAAUAGUUCUGGAUCCUUGGGUAGCCUUGAUGUUCGCAGAAGAAUUCCUAUAAAACUUAUCUCGAAACAAGCAAACAAAGCUAAGCCUGUACCUCGAACUCAAAGAACUGUUACCAGGAUGCCUGCAAAGGCUCCACCUGGUGAUGAAGAGGGCUUUGAUUAUAAUGAAGAAGAACGCUAUGACUGUAAAGGGGGUGAACUGUUUGGAAAUCAGCGAAGAUUUCCUGGACACCUUUUUUGGGAUUUUAAGAUAAACAUCUUGGGUGAAAAGGAUGACACACCAGUUCAUUUCUGUGAUAAGUGUGGAUUGCCCAUUAAAAUCUAUGGGAGAAUGAUACCAUGCAAGCAUGUGUUUUGCUAUGAUUGUGCUAUUUUACAUGAAAAAAAGGGAGAUAAGAUGUGUCCAGGCUGUAGUGACCCUGUGCAGCGGAUCGAGCAGUGCGCGCGGGGCUCUCUCUUCAUGUGCAGCGUUGUGCAAGGAUGCAAGAGGACGUACCUGUCUCAGAGAGACUUACAGGCUCACAUCAACCAUCGCCACAUGAGGGCUGGGAAACCUGCCACUCGUGCUUCACUUGAAAACGUGCAUCCUCCUAUCGCCCCUCCGCCCACUGAAAUCCCUGAUCGCUUUCUCAUGCCUCCAGACAAGCAUCACAUGAGCCAUAUUCCGCCAAAGCAGCACAUCAUGAUGCCGCCCCCUCCUUUGCAGCACGUGCCGCACGAGCACUAUAAUCAGCCGCACGAAGACAUCCGUGCUCCCCCGGCAGAGAUCUCCAUGGCUCCACCUCCACCCCGCUCGGUCAGUCAGGAAACCUUUCGUAUCUCAACAAGAAAACACAGCAAUUUAAUAACAGUUCCUAUUCAGGAUGACUCAAAUUCAGGUGCUAGAGAACCACCACCUCCUGCCCCAGCACCUGCUCACCAUCAUCCCGAAUACCAGGGUCAGCCAGUGGUGUCGCACCCUCAUCAUAUUAUGCCUCCUCAGCAACAUUAUGCACCCCCCCCACCACCUCCACCACCAAUAAGCCAUCCAAUGCCACACCCUCCCCAGGCUGCAGGUACUCCGCACUUGGUGUACAGCCAAGCUCCACCUCCACCAAUGACCUCUGCUCCACCGCCAAUCACCCCUCCCCCUGGACACAUUAUUGCCCAGAUGCCUCCCUACAUGAAUCAUCCUCCUCCAGGACCUCCCCCACCUCAGCAUGGUGGUCCACCUGUAACUGCACCCCCUCCUCACCAUUACAAUCCUAACUCCUUACCCCAGUUUACUGAAGAUCAAGGAACUCUGAGCCCUCCAUUUACACAACCAGGAGGGAUGAGUCCUGGUAUCUGGCCUGCGCCAAGAGGGCCACCACCUCCUCCUCGAAUGCAGGGCCCGCCUUCUCAAACCCCACUUCCUGGACCACAUCAUCCAGAUCAGACAAGAUACAGACCGUAUUACCAAUGAUAAUAGUAUUUUGAACUGAAGAUAUAACAAGGGAAAAAAAAAACUUAAAUAUAGUCAAUCUUUUAAUUAAGCUUUGACUGUUUGGGGAAGGAAAAAUUACCUCUUCUGGGGUGGCUAUAAAACACAUAGUCAUGUUUCUUAAAAUGGGUUUAAAUCCUUGUCCUUAGGGUUGAUCCUGAGUACUAUAUUGUAGUGCAGAUCAGUGGCUCAGCCGAGCACAGCUACGUUUAACAGCUGUUGCCCCAGUGUGGUGCAUUGACUCAGAAGCGACCAUUUGUAAAAAAUUUGAAAAGAAAUAUUCAUUGUUCCAUUUUCAAAAGUAUUGUUUUUGUUAAGCCCAAUGUUUAAUUUUUCUUGUGACACAUUUUGUUAACCUGUGUAAAAGGAUUAAAUUUCAGUAUGGUUGUAAAGAUGCUACUUUCAUGUGAAUUUACGUGUAGCCACGUACUUUUUUUUUUUAAUUAUAUGUUUUACCACUAAUUUCCCAAAGUUACAAUAAAAUCCUAAAAGCAAAAACCCAAGAUUGCUAUAAGGCAGACUGUUACAUGAUAGAGAAUUCGUUCCCGUUUUGGGCACUGAAGUUGGGAGGAAUAGUGAUUGUCUAGUGCACUUCACUUGGCUGCCUUUUCAUGUUUCGACAGCCUCAGGAGCACCCAGAUACAUUCGAUUUCCAGUACCGCUACACCUAGGCUUGUCAUACUAGAGGAUAGUCUAGUCCUUUGGAAAGUGGCCAGUGCUGCAGGCUCCAAGCUGGUGGUGGGAUGCUAUUACUCAGUAAUACUUUAUUUUUACUUCUUGUGAAUGGCUGGAAUCACGCGCACCACACCUAAUGAUCUUAAGUAACAUUUUAUGAUUGCUUAAAUGGUGUUUAGAUGAAGUGUGCUCUCCUGUGCUCAGUGUCUUUAAGUACUUAGGGCUGCAAAGGCUUUAUUUAAAUUCUCAUUUCAUGGUAGUUGGAUUCUGGUUUUAAACUGCAACUUGAAUGCUAUGGAGGAAUUUGAAUAAUGUAUUAAUGAAGAGUGUUUCUUGUAAUCACAAGCUAGUAUUUGCUCAGGUGUUUUUGCCAUGUAAUAAGAAUGUUUCCUCUAACUUGAAAAUUUAGAACUAUCACUUUCUAUUCUUUUUGUUGGUCAAGUAGUCUCCACUUGGAACAUUUUAGCAUGGAGUCAGUAGUGAAGACUACCAGAUAAUUUUGUAUUGGACAAGGGAACAGUAAUGACUAAAUUGUGAAUUUCAGUGCUUUAUAAGGUGCCUUUAGAGUCAGCUUUUGCAUUAUAGGGGAUUGUUACAGUCCAGCUAAGAUAACCACUUAAAAUUUAUACAGAUCUCAUAUGUAUAAAUCUUAUUCUUAGGAUAUUACCAUAUAUCCUUUGAGUUGACUAAACCCCUGUGAAGUUUUUCCUCCCCCCUAAAAUGGUGCAUAAUAUAAACAAUGAUGUGUAGUGUGCAGAUACCAUUUAUUACCUAGUUUGUAGUGUAUAAAUUUAGGAAUUUGUUUUUGACAAAAGGUGAACUGAUUGUUAAUUUACCAUUUUAUUCAGGUACAGGCAAAACAAAUUUUCAUUUUGAAUGAUCAGAUGCAAAAUAGUUUAUGAACUUAGAGCAGAACUAAGAAAUAAUAUAAAUGGGCUAUUUCAAUCUUUACUGGCCCAAAAUUACUGACAGAUUUUUUUUUCUUAAGCAAGUGAUUCUUCGACACUUAGCAGUUGACAGUCUACUUUGUUAAUUAACUAAUGCACUACUUCUAGUGAGAAAUUCUUGUUAUUAGAAGCAUGGGAGUGAAAUAGUGUGAAAUGGUGGUGAGUAUUUCUAUCAUAUUACUGUAGGUACUUGGACUGGUGCAAACUUGAUUCCUCUUCAUGCCCCUGUUUAGGGGCUAUUAGAAUAUUGUUGAAAAUCCAAACCAUUCUUUGUUUCAUAUAAUUAUAAAAUAUCAAAUUCUCAUUAGGGAAUCUCAACUAUUUAUGAAAAGCUCUCCUUUUAUUGAAAACUAUUUGAGUUUGAGAUGGACAAAUAAAAUCAGUAUCAUAAAAUUCACAUGAUGAGAAUUCUUGUAGGCUUUAAAGAUGAUUUAAGUUAGAUUAAACAUGCAGGGAGGCAGAUCAGAUGAAUGUCUUGUAGCAGACAAAGUUUCAGUGGUGUUAGACUUGAAUUCGUUGGUUAAUUGUUUGAAUGAGGGUGGGAGAGCAGAGUGAUAACAAAAUUGAUGUUAGUAUUUCUUAAGGAAAAAGAUGUGAAUCCCAGCCUUAUUUCAGGGAAGCCUUUGAAGCUAUGAUGGACAUAAGUCUCAAUCUAUGUAUGUUUCAUUAUAUUGCUCUUAAGACUACUGAGGUGGCAGUUUAAUUCUUAAACAAUAAAAUGGAAGCAUAAAGACUA